UGACCGCACGGGUCGGGCCGCUGCCGCCGCCGCUGCCGCCGCCUCCCGAGACGCAGCAACCAAGGCCCGGCGCGGAGGAGCCGCCGCUGUGAGCCGCGUCGUCCCGGCCCCCGUCGCCGCCGCCGCCCGAGAAGAACGGGAGGGCGGGCGAGAGAGCCGGGGAGUUGCGGAGCCGUACAGCCCGCCGGCGGCGCCGCCCCGCGGGCAGGGAGCCGAGCCUACAGUAAACAGGAAACUAGUUUGAAAGGAGAGGACUGUGUCUUUAUUUUUUAAAAUACGGAGUGUGCAGCUCUGAAUCUUGAAUCAUGACCAAGGAUGAGCUGUCUGUGCUGCAGGCGUGACCCAGGCUGAGCGCCCAAUGGCAGAGGUAGUCUGCUCCUAGAAAAAAACAUGGCCGCAAAGGAGAAAAUGGAGGCAGUGUUAAAUGUGGCCCUGAGGGUGCCAAGCAUCAUGCUGUUGGAUGUCCUGUACAGAUGGGAUGUCAGCUCCUUCUUCCAGCAGAUCCAAAGAAGUAGCCUCAGCAACAACCCUCUUUUUCAAUAUAAGUAUUUGGCUCUUAACAUGCAUUAUGUAGGUUAUAUCUUAAGUGUUGUGCUACUAACCUUGCCCAGGCAGCACCUGGUUCAGCUUUACCUGUAUUUUUUGACUGCCCUGCUCCUCUAUGCUGGACAUCAAAUCUCCAGGGACUACGUCAGGAGUGAACUGGAGUCUGCCUAUGAAGGACCAAUGUAUUUAGAACCUCUUUCCAUGAAUCGGUUUACCACAGCCUUAAUAGGUCAAUUGGUGGUGUGUACUUUAUGCUCUUGUGUCAUGAAAACGAAGCAGAUUUGGCUCUUUUCAGCUCACAUGCUUCCUCUGCUAGCCCGACUCUGCCUUGUUCCUCUGGAGACAAUUGUUAUCAUCAACAAAUUUGCUAUGAUUUUUACUGGAUUGGAAGUUCUCUAUUUUCUUGGGUCUAAUCUUUUAGUACCUUACAAUCUUGCUAAGUCGGCAUACAGAGAAUUGGUUCAGGUAGUGGAAGUAUACGGCCUUCUAGCCUUGGGAAUGUCCCUGUGGAACCAACUGGUGGUCCCUGUACUUUUCAUGGUUUUCUGGCUUGUCCUGUUUGCUCUUCAGAUUUACUCCUAUUUCAGCACUAGAGAUCAGCCUGCGUCACGUGAGAGGCUUCUUUUCCUUUUCCUGACAAGUAUUGCUGAAUGCUGCAGCACUCCUUAUUCUCUUUUGGGUUUGGUCUUCACGGUUUCUUUCGUUGCGUUGGGUGUUCUGACACUCUGCAAGUUUUACUUGCAAGGUUAUCGAGCUUUCAUGAAUGAUCCUGCCAUGAAUCGGGGCAUGACAGAAGGAGUUACACUGUUAAUCCUGGCCGUGCAGACUGGUCUGAUAGAGCUCCAGGUUGUUCACCGAGCAUUCCUGCUCAGUAUUAUCCUUUUCAUUGUGGUAGCUUCUAUCCUACAGUCUAUGUUAGAGAUUGCAGAUCCUAUUGUUUUGGCGCUGGGAGCAUCUAGAGACAAGAGUUUAUGGAAACACUUCCGUGCUGUGAGCCUUUGUUUAUUUUUGCUGAUAUUCCCUGCAUAUAUGGCCUAUAUGAUUUGCCAGUUUUUCCACAUGGAUUUUUGGCUUCUUAUCAUUAUUUCUAGCAGCAUUCUCACCUCUCUUCAGGUUCUGGGAACACUUUUUAUUUAUGUCUUAUUUAUGGUUGAGGAAUUCAGAAAAGAGCCGGUGGAAAACAUGGAUGAUGUAAUCUACUAUGUGAAUGGCACUUACCGCCUGCUGGAGUUUCUUGUGGCCCUCUGCGUGGUGGCCUAUGGCGUCUCCGAGACCAUCUUUGGAGAAUGGACAGUGAUGGGCUCCAUGAUCAUCUUCAUCCAUUCCUACUAUAAUGUGUGGCUUCGGGCCCAGCUGGGGUGGAAGAGCUUCCUUCUCCGCAGGGAUGCUGUGAAUAAGAUUAAAUCCUUACCCCUCGCUACGAAAGAGCAGCUUGAGAAACACAAUGAUAUCUGUGCCAUCUGUUACCAGGACAUGAAAUCUGCUGUGAUCACGCCUUGCAGUCAUUUCUUCCACGCAGGCUGUCUCAAGAAAUGGCUGUAUGUCCAGGAGACCUGCCCUCUGUGCCACUGCCACCUCAAAAACUCCUCCCAGCUUCCAGGGUUAGGGACAGAGCCGGUUCCACAGCCUCAUGCUGGAGCUGAGCAAAACAUCGCACUUCAGGAAGGUACUGAACCCCCAGCUCAAGAGCGUCCUCAAGGGACUGGGAUGCAAGAAGGUUCUAGGGACAAUAAUGAGUGCACUGCCAGCAGAUCAGAUAGCCAGGAAGGGGCUUGUGAGCCCAAGGAAUAUCCUUCUAGUGCAAAAGAUGGAGCAUGUCCUGUUGAGGUCAGCCCAGAAGAAAAGCAGCAGGAGUAGCACUGUGGUACUCUGGAGGGACAUUCACUCCCAAUGGAAUUUGCGCUCAGAUUUGAGGGAUGAAUGUAGGAAGUGAUUAGGUAGGAAACUUGACAUUCCAUGGAUCUAAUCCAGCAGUACUGUCAGUGGAGACCACCUGCUUUCAUGCCCUUGACAUUGUGGGAGAAAUUUUGCAAUGUAUGCUAAUCAAAAUGUAUUUAUAUAUCCUAUGCUGAUAUUUUGUAGAGGUUUGCCAAGGAAAUUCAACCUCAACAACUUCAGAACUGCCCCUGAUAUGUACGGGAUAAGUAAAAUCAGAUUUGAGUGUCUGAAAGGGGCUAAAGAAAGGAGGAUAAAGAGCAUAAGGACAACAUGGGAAGAAGCAGGAUCAUUCUUGUUACAGAGUAUGAGUAGUGACCCACCCCUUUUUCCAGCCAUUUCCCUCAGUUCAUUGGAACUCAUUCAGUGAUUAUUGAGUUUUGUACAGCACUGAUGGAAAUCAAAAAUGUCAAAGGGUUGAUUGUAUUCCGAAAUUGAAGCACGCUCAUACUUCGUAUGUGCU